AUGGCCUAUGAUCGCUAUGUUGCCAUCUGCAAACCCCUGCACUACGGGACCCUCCUGGGACACAGGGCUUGUGUCCACAUGGCAGCAACUGCCUGGGGAAGUGCUUUUCUCUGUUCAGUCCUGCACACUGCCAAUACAUUUUCACUCCCCCUCUGCAAGGGCAAUGCUGUGGACCAGUUCUUCUGUGAAAUCCCCCAGAUCCUCAAGCUCUCCUGCUCACGCGCCUACCUCAGGGAAGUUGGGCUUCUUGUAUUCAGUGUCUGUUUAGCACUUGGUUGUUUUGUUUUCAUAGUGGUGUCCUAUGUGCAGAUCUUCAGGGCCGUGCUGAGGAUCCCCUCUGAGCAGGGACGGCAAAAAGCCUUUUCCACGUGCAUCCCCCACCUGGCCGUGGUCUCUCUGUUUCUCAGCACUGCCAUAUUUUCCAAUCUGAAGCCUCCCUCCGUCUCUUCUCCAUCACUGGAUUUUGCGGUGGCAGUGCUGUACUCGGUGUUUCCUCCAGCUGUGAAUCCCCUCAUCUACAGCAUGAGGAACAAGGAACUCAUUAAUUCCAUGAGAAAACUC